AUGAGUAACUUUAUUAGAUUAACUAAUAAAUAUAUCUCAAAUCUAAGAGUUAAUAUUAUAUCAAAUAAUGGUAUAAAUAGUCAUGGAGUAUAUAAAGUAAAUAGAUAUAGUUGUAAUAAUUGGAGUAGUAGUAGUAAAAACAAUAGUUAUAUAAAUAAAAAUAUAGAUAAUAUAUCAUUUGGUAUUAGAAGUUAUUCAUCUUUUAAGAAUGAUGGAAGAAAGCAAAAUCAUAGUUAUAAUGUCGAUGGUAGUGUCAAAAUGGAGAAUCCAUUGGAAAACAAACAAAUCGGUGAAAAUCUCAAUGUGAAUUUCGUUAAACCAAAUGACAUUAAACCAUUUAAACCUAGACUACCACCAUACGAGACAUCUGCAACAUUGGACUUUUUGAUUAUCGCCAAUCAGAAGGAGUUCUCCGAAGAGGAGAUAGAGAAAUUCAGUAAGUUGGCAAAGGCAUUGUCGUCUAUCGGUUUCCAGCAUCAAUCGGAGGAAAAGUGGAAAGAGGCACUCGAAUCAUACAAUAAAGCAUUGUUGUACAUUCGUAAUCUAUUUGGUGGUGGUCUCGAUCAUCAACAUCAUUUUAGUCUGCGUGAAUACGCUGCUCUCAUCUUGAAUAUGGGUGAAGCGAACUCUCGUCUUGAGAAUAUGGACGAAGCCGUUCUUCGUAGUAAACAAGCUAUUGAUCUGCUGGAGAUUGACUGGCGUGAACAGGUCAGAGCAUCUCCCAAAGAUGAAACACUCAAAACAAUGUGGUUGAAAGACGAGAUGCUAGGAAUUGCCUAUUUCAAUCAUGCCGAGUAUCUCGCAUUCCAUUCACGGCACGAAGAAGCAGAGCCAUUCAUUCGCAAUGCCAAUAGGAUAUUAUCAAAGUUGUAUCCAUUGGAUCAUCCGGUGAAUGUGGAUUGUGGUGUUUUGAUGGUGGAGAUUCUCAAUGAGACCGGUCGAACAAUGGAGCUUGAUAAGAUGACAGAUCAAUAUGGCAAUGUCCUUACCGAUGCACUUGGUGUAACAGAUCAACUCAAAUCGGUCUACGAGAAGCUAGAUGAAGGAAUGAUGGAUAAAAUCAUUGAGACUGUAGAGCAGAAGUUCCCUGGAUUCAUUGAGCAGCACGAAGGAAACCAAGAGGAGAUGGAGGCAGCGGAACGAGCACUGGAAGCAGGCGAGGAGUAUAACUACGAUUUACCGGAAACAUCGAUGUACAGAGAAAAGGAUUUUGGUAUUGAAGAUGUUUUGUUUGCCGCUGCAGAUACAUCGAGAGCGAAUAGAAGAACAUCAAUGGACGAUACAGAGGUGGAACCUGACGAACCUGGAAUUUCACAGACUGUCAGCAAGCUGUCGGAAUUGGCUGAAGUAGAAAAACAGAGAUUUGGAGAGGAUGAAUUCGAUCAAUUGCAAGACGACGACUUGGACAUUGAUGACGAAGAGUUGGACAAUGAGAAUGACGAUGAGAUUCAUGAGAUUGAAAGAAUGUCGGGAUUCAAAUUGUCGAUGGAUGACAAAGAGCGAUAUUUGCAAAAGAAAUACAGUAGAGAAUUCGAUCAAGCCACCAACUUGUUGCCAGACGACGUUCCAAUCAAUAGAUUGAUCAAUAAGUUUGAUAGAAUUCUGACGGAAGGUUCGAACAAGGUGGCAGAGAUUGAGAACGAAAGAAUCAUAGAUAGAGAUAGAAGAAUAAAGAAUCGACCAGCCGAUGUUAUGGAUCAGGUGCUUUGGGAGAAUGGAGAGAUCGUUACACCGACCGACGAGCAAGGUGAACCAAUCAGUCAGGCAUCGAUGCACAAGAUGGGAAAGUAUCUCUCUGAGGAGCUGGCCGAGCAUGAAAUGGAUGAAGACGAAGAGGUCAUGGAGGAAUCGCUUGGAAAGCUGAUGAAUAUGGUUAGAAACAUGAGUGGUGAAGAACAGAAAGAGUUGGACGAAAACUUUAGGAAUAUUGCACCGCUACUGGGAAUGAUGACUUCGAAAAAAGCAAACAGCACUAAAGUAUCAGAGCUAUUCAAUCGUUCACUUACAGAUUUAGAAAGAGAUCAAGAACUUUACAAUGAAAUGAUAAGAGAACGACAAGAAGAGAAUGAUUAUGACGAGGAUGAGUACGAGGAAGAAAUAGAAGAUGCAGAGUAUGAAGUUAAACAAGAUCCAGAGGUAUUCAGAGAGUUGAUGUCAAAGGCACAACAAUAUAGAUUCAACCCAGAGGAGUUGGCAAAGAAUAUAGAUCCACAACAAUACCUCACAAAGAAACAGACUUUGGAAGGUGAUGUGAUGGAUGACGACAAAGAGUUUGACGAAAUGGGUCUAAAUCACCUGCUCAGAGAAUUAGAGAAUUUGAAUUUUGAAGGUGAAGAUCUAGAUUUGGAGAAUGACAACGAUAACUUGGAUUUAGAUUCAUUCAUCAAACAAGCAACAAAAUCAAAUGAUUUUAAGAACUUCAUGAUGAAUGAAUCAAAGAAAAAUAAAUAG